AUGGCUCUCGUGGCCUACUCAGAUUCAGAAACCUCCGAUGUCGAGUUAGACACCACUCCCGCCGCGCCGGCCGAAAAGCCCAAGAAGCUUGAUUCGGUACCCGACUUUCACGUCGACCGCGGCAACCCGCGCAGGAUCCGCGUGGCUCUGCCAGAUCUCAAACCCGAUCCCGUCGCUGGCGGCGAUGGCGAGGACGGCCCUGCACGGAAAAGGACCAAGCUAGGAGGUGGUGCGAGUGGAGGGGGAGGAGCGGGCGCGUUCUCAGGCUUCAAUUCAUUCCUACCUCCGCCGAAGCGUCUGGCGGAGAAGAAGGCCCCGGCCACGUCGACGCGCAAAAUAUUCAGUUUGAAAACGGGAGCGGAGCCGGGCUUUGACCGUAGCGCCGACGCAGAGAUGAGAAACACCUUUGCACAGGAGGCCAGCUCAUCAAGCCGAGCGGGCGGUGGCGCAACGACGACGAGCGUUGAUCCACCGUCUCAUAUGGCCCCGGAGCCGCAACCUCUGAUCACAGAAGCCGGCGAGGUCAAGCUGCAGGGGAACCCGAUGAUGUUCCGACCAUUAUCGGUUGCACGCAACCAAAAGAAAAAGAAACCUUCCACGGCCGCCAGCCUUUCGUCGUCAACAGCUUCAUCAUCGUCGUCAUUAGCAAGAACCACUACAACAACAACAACAACGACGACGACAGGAACACCAGCAGCUCCUAAAAUCUCCAAGUCGGCAGUUCAAACAACGGCCGACGAAUCUGCGACAGUGGCGCCGACGCCUGCACCUCCAAAACCCAAAGUCAGUCUUUUCUCACUUCCCUCAUCAGAAGACAGAGCCACCACAGAAGCCACACCCUCGACCUCGACAACGGCAGGUCACUAUGAACCCCUAGUAUACAACACCACAGCCGAAGACGAGAUCUCAGCAACAUCACCACCGGAAGAGCCCCUACUCGCUCUGGACACAAUGCCCACAGAGCCGUCGUAUUACCCCAGCAACGCCUCCGUCUCCUCAUCACUCGACACCAUCGCCAACGACCUCAAUCUAUCCAAGGCGGAGCGCCGACAACUAUUCGGCCGAAAUGCGCCAUCGGCAGACUCUCGCAUUCUCACCUUCAAUACGGACAAGGAGUACGCGUCCAACCAGGCGAUCAGCGAGGCAGAGAUGGCUGCCACCCAACACAACCCGGUGCGUGCUAUCGCACCAGGCAAGCACACUUUACAGCAACUGGUCAAUGCGGCCAGCAGUCAGAAGGAUGCGCUCGAGGAGAGUUUUGCUACAGGAAGGAGAAACAAGAAAGAAGCAGGGUCCAAGUAUGGUUGGUAA